AUGGAAGUCCAAACCAACCCUCCCGCUGAGCUUCACUCUCCCCCGCCGCCUACGGCUAAGCGCCCAAGAGGUAUUCUGAAGAACUCGUUCCAGAAGUCGCCUCCGCUGUCGCCUACUCAGGAGAAGGAUAUGACUGAGAAGGAGCUCGUACUUCAGAACACUCAGGUCAACACAGGACAUCGCCGCUCCUCAUCCGCUGCCUCGAGACCGGCUGGCUCGCGGCGCCAAUCCUCCCGCACUCCUUCGGCCGCGGAUCAAGAUCCCGACGCCCCGGCCGAGAAUCGCCUCAAGUGGGACGAAGCCAACCUCUACCUUACCGAGCAGGAACGCACCUCGACCAUGAAAAUCACAGAGCCCAAGACCCCUUACGCCAAGCACUACUCGCCUUCGGAAGAUGACGAUGACGAGUUUGAGAGCUCUCACUCCGAGAUUCCCGGCCUGAGUCUUGGUGAGCCCGAAGAGGAGAUUCCCGAAAGCGAGCAUUCUUCUACAGGUCGCAAGAGCAAGGUGCACGUUAAUGACGAGGAUGCCACACCACUGCACGAUGCCGAUGCAGACAUGUUGGGCAUGUCGCCCGAGGAGCGCGAGAAGCACCGGCGCUUUGAGCAGCUGAGGAAGAAGCACUACGAGAUGAGCGAGGCCGUCGGCCUGCUGGGACACCCCGAGGUUGUGGAUGAGGAGAUGGAGGAUGACGAUGAGGAGGGUGUGGAUGGCAAGCGAAACCAGGUCCCGCCCGUACCAAAGAUUCCCUCGGCCUAG